AUGCACAGUGAUAAUCCAUCAGAGAGUUUACUGAUUCAUUCAUCAAGCGCUUUUUUCACGGGUACAUUUGGUAUGUGGAAUAUUUAUGUGCUACUGUUACUCGCAAUGUAUGCACCAUCUCAUAAGCAGUAUGGUACAGCUAAAGAUGAGGGCCGAGCAACACCGGAAGACUGGAUCGAUGCAAGCUGGGGACAUAUACAGUUCAAGAUAUAA